CUGACCACCAUGACGUACCGCAUGCCAAACUUCACUCUGGAGCAGAAGCUCUUCCUGCUUCGGAGAAUCCAUGCGGUGGUGGACACAGUCCAGGACUUUCGGAAAGACACCAACACUACUGUGCACCGGAACGCUGUAUGGGCCGAGCUGGCUCAGGCCUUCAAUGCGGCGUUCCCUAGUCGACCCCCCAGCAGCAUCGGGUCUCUAAAGACGCUGUGGAAACGCCUGAAGGUGGAAUGCCGUGUAGCGCUGCAGAAGCGACAGGAACAGCAGGCAGCUGGGCUUCCUGUGUCUGCCCUCACGCAGGUGCAGAGAGAAGUGAUUGCCCUGGUACCAAACCUGAUCUCCUGUCUGGAGGAGGUAGACGGAGAUGGCAGCUAUAGCUCAGUUAGGGGUGGCUCACCUGGAGCAGUGAUGGGGCUUUCAGGCACUAAUGGGAGUGAGCAUGAAGAUGCUGACCACAGUCAAAAUGAUGAAGUAGACAGCAAGGAGAAUUUGGCUAUUGAACUUGGAUUGGUCUCACCAACUCACCUACCUGUUAACUCUGGGAUUCCUCCUGGCACUGCCUCCUCUCCUCUCCACUCACAUUCAGUCUCUUCCAGGUCCAGCCGUCCGUCCCUCAUCUACCCAACCCAUGCAGGAAGCACCUCAGGGCUGGGAUCAGGGACUAGGGGUGCAAACUUUGAUACCCCACACAGAGAGCCUGCAGUGCCACAUGCUCCUGCCGGAGGAGCAGUUGAGAAUUCAUUACCGCCAAUGGACUCUUAUACCUCAAACUCAAAAUGGGAGGCACGUCGACAAGAACUGUUUGAGCUGGAGCAUCAGCAGACGAUGAGUCUGUUACUGCUGCAGCAGUGUGUGUGGGUGGAGAAGAGGAAAGCAGUGAGACAGAAAGAGAAGGCAGCACGGGCCAAGAAGAGAUAUUAUCAAGCCAAACGACGGAAGAUCGGCACAGAUCAUCCACCUUCCAGUAAUGACAGCGAGGAUAACGAACAUCUACAGACGUAAACUCAGAUGUUGCUUUGUUUGCU